AUGGACAGGAACGCCGAAGUCUGGGACCUGAACUCGGCUGGACAUACGGCGCAUAUGUCUAACACGCCGACAUAUACACUGGCUGCAUCGCACCCCGUGCGCCACGCAAGAUGGAGACCGGGCUACGAAUGCGAGCUCGCGCUCGUAUCCAAUGUCGGACUCGGCUGUCUUGGCCAAGAGGGAGAUAGAGAUAGCAGCGAGACGGACGGGACGAUUACGCCCGAUGUUGACGUUGGAGGGAGCAGGCAGAGAAGAGCGGUUGAUGGUGGGUUUGGAUCGGAUGCGGUUGAGAUUUGGGAUGUCAGGAAGGGGUGGUUAGCCAAGUGGGUAGUACCGGAGUCGACUAUUGAAGGCGGCGUCACAGCUUCAUGGGACGCUGCUGGUACUUUGACAUUCAUCGCGGACGACUCUCCUUACUUUGAGGCUCCAUACGAUGACUUGGAUCCGGCUACGGCGCAAAACCGGCUUGAACGCGGUCUACGCACGAAGGCUCUGGGCUACGCCGUGCAUGAGCCUCACCAUGGCUUGGGAUUCGUGGGACUGGACUCGCAUCCGGAGUGUGUAGCCGUCUUCGAGCGGCUGACGAAGAGGUAUAUUAUCGAUGGACCGGAUAAACAUGCUAUCUGCGGACACAAUACCCGAGUCGCAUCCGAAACACCCAGCCCCUCUCUCACCACAUCCCUAACCUCGCCCACACUCCCGCGCUCGCACUCCGCGCCCGCCGCAUUACUCACCGUGAACGAGAUCUCAUCGGCGGCGCUAACAACACACCCCUCGCGUCGCGCAACGACUAACGAGGUGCUGUCUACGACCCUUCUCGCGGACCAGGUCAAGGACGUCCCCAUUGACACGCCGGCCGUCCGUUUUUGGAGGGGGGCCUAA